CCCCGCUAGGACCAGGUGCAGGGUCCGGUCUAUACACACAUAUAUACACAGUACACACAGUAUACACACACACAGUAUAUACACAGUACACACACAUAUACACAGUACACACAGGUGCAGGGUCCGGUCUCCCCGCUAGGACCAGGUGCAGGGUCCGGUCUAUACACACAUAUAUACACAGUACACACAGUAUACACACACACAGUAUAUACACAGUACACACACAUAUACACAGUACACACAGGUGCAGGGUCCGGUCUCCCCGCUGUGUCCUGGGUCCGGUCUCCUGGGUCCGGUCACCCCGCUGUGUCCUCGGUCCGGUGUUCCCGCCUCGUAUGACGGGGGAGCAGCAGCUGGGAGCACGGAGACGAUCCCGGGCCCGGCCGCCGGGGGGACUCCUCCUCAGCAGCCUCCGGUCCCCGCACGCAGGAAGCGCUCAGUAGUGGCCGGUAUCCAGGAGACGCUGCCGGCAUGCGGCCCCCACCGGCCUGCCCCGACCCCCGCAGCCCGAGCGCCGGAGAGCGUACCGGGUCCCAGGCUCUGUCCAUCCCCCGGUGUGGCGUCUCAAGCCCAUUUAAAGGACAUUUAAGUGUUAAGAGUAAUGCCUUUUACAUCGGAAACAACACCCGGCUAAGCGAUCAGUACCGGAUCCGAGACCACAUGCUGGUACACUAUGAUAAGAUCCUCACCGCUAAAGCUGCUGUCGACUGUUCUGUUCCGAAGAGUAUGAUCAAAAGUAUUAAAUACAGCGACCAGCAGAGAAGGGAGAAAAUGAACAGAGAGGUGGCCCGGUUGGAGAAGGAGUCUUUACGUUAUGGGUCCUUCUCCCGCCUUAAUUCUAGAGCAAGUGGAAAGGAUGCCAUAGUACGUGGAAAGGAUACGUAUGAUGGAUAUACUAAUAUGGCGCGCCAAUCCCUGUAUUCAGACCGCAGAGCCGUAUCCUCUGCAGGCUCCUACAUCUCCUCUCCGAGUCCCUUGCGAUCACCAGAGGGAACCGCCGAGCCGCACAGCAGGAAAUUAACGUUCUCCAGAAUGUCUGCUAGAACGCGUUGCGGCUUCUCGGACUCCCCUGGGUGGAGCAGCAGCGCCUCCUGCCAGUUCCGGGACAGCCUGAAGAAGACCUACAGCGGGGACCUGUUAGAGAAACACUCGCAUUACUUCUCCAACAAGCAGCAACCCCACACGCCGCGCACCCUGAGGACGCCGGCCAAGUCGGUCAUUGCUCAGUGCCGCUACUACACACCACCCAGGAGGAAGAGGAGGGAGAGCGGGGCUGAGGACGAGGCCUGGGCUGAUAUGAGCCGCUCUCGGCAGAGGGAUCAAGCACAAGAGGAACAGCCCCUAUCAGACAGAGGACAUGUAACAGAAAGCGAAGCUUUACCUGCAGAUCCAGAUGAACACUCUGAGAAUCUGAGUGAAGAAGAGAAAAUCCAUCACCAGGUCUCUGAGAAGCCAAAUGACCGCCAGCGCCGCCGGCUUUCCAGAGAGGAGGAGCUGGCCUACUUGAAUUUUGUGGCUGCUGUGACUAAUGAGAUUCUGUCCCUCGGACUAUUCUCCGACAGAGUUCUGGAGCGCGUCUUUGAGCGGCAUCUCCAAGAAAAUAAGCAUCAUUUAGAUGUGGGUAAAAUGCGCUGCCUACUGGACACUCUCAAGGCGGACUUAAACCGCAAAGACGAAAACAAUCUUCAGUCUUUUAUAGACCAUCUCUCAGACGCCAACGAACAUUUCACCAGCCCAAUUGCUCAUCAGGAUGGCGCUAGAAAUGAAGUUUCUAGGUCACAGGGCAACCUUUCCCAACAUAAUAUAGAGUACGCCCAACGGCUGAGUGGUGACUUACUAAUAUACCUAGAUGAUAAGGACGCUGAAUCCCACCUCAUUGAUGACCUCAUUAGCUUGGCCAAAAUUGACCCUGACCAUGAGAAAGGAAAUAAACAAGACUCCGAGCCAGUAAAUGAUCUCCCGGUGUUCAUUGAAGGACAUAUUCAACAGAAUGAGGUCUUAAUUGGCCAAGAUGAAAGAGAAGUUCAGUCACCAGUUGGUGCCCUGUCUUGUCUGGAUGAACGAGAAUCUGGCCUUCUCCACGAGAGCAACCAUGGAUUUCAGGAUGACCAAGGAGGUAGCGGCCAUGGAUAUCAGGAUGACCAAGGAGGUAGUGGCCAUGGAUUGCAGGAUGAUCAUGGAGAGAGCAACCAUGUAUUACCGAGUGAUGGUCUCCAGGUGUCAGAGAUAACUCCUGAUGAAGAUCAAAUCGGUAGUCGCUCAGACAGGACCCAUGAUUCAGAUAAUUUCGAGGAGAGCAGCCACCACUCAAACACUGAUCAAUUGAAGAAUCUUGAAGACCUGGAACAAAGCUUCUAUGAGAUUGUCCAUGUGUCCAACGGAAAAGACUGCUCUGAUCCUGGAGACGUGUCAGAGGGUGAAAGGGAUUAUGCGAAAGAGUGAUUUAUAGGGCAGUUGUGAAAUAAAAUAGCCAGGUGACCUGCUGCUUACAUGCACUGUAUGUGUGUGAUACGGGUGAUGA